AGUCACUUUGAAAAUAAUUUUGUCACUGUUGCAAGGAAUUUAUAAUGAACUGGAUAUAGCAAUGAAAAAUGAUUCUUGGACAAGAUAUAUGGGCACUUGAUAGUGGGUCCCUUCCUUGGAGAUGCAAGGGAUUCUCUUACAAUUGCAAGAAGAACAACCAUGAAUGUUGGAGGCAGGUUCCUAUUCAAGCGGGGGUCUCCUUCAAUAUGCUUGAUGCUGCUUCGACCUGUGUUUGGGCUGUUGACUUUGAAUACCAUGUGUACCUCUUUGUAAAGGAAUGUGACAUUCCUAUACGAUUCCAGGAUUAUAAGUUCCGCUUUGAGCGCUGGUUUUUAGGACGUGGCUGGAAAACAGUUGAAAGGGAUGAUGAAUCUCCAAAGAGGAACUUGUCUCAUCACUGGACUGCUGACAGUGUAUGGAGGAUAGAUAGAAAUAUAGAUGGAGUCCCCACUGACCGUGAUGGAUGGCAGUAUGCGUCAGGUUUCAACUCAGUAUUCUCAAAUCAAGAAACUCAAACAAAAGUCGUCAGACGAAAACGUCUCGCAAAAUACUACACGUAUAACAAGAUGGGUAACUUCGCUAAGAUCACAGCUGAUGAAGAAAUCAAAUUUAUGGACGUUGCUGCUGGAGGCACUAUGUUAACGGGAAGUGAAAACUGGCCUAUAUGCGUGUGGGGUGUAUCAAAGGAGUGUAAAGUUUACUUCAGAACAAACAUCAGUAAUAUAAACCCUGAGGGAGACAGAUGGAAGGAGGUUUGCCAGCCAGAUUUCAGUCUCGCAAAGCUAAGUGUAGGGCCUCGAGGUCAACUGUGGGGUAUUACAACUCAAGGGGAACUUAUCACUAGAGCGGGCAUUGAUAGUGACAAUCUAACAGGGACUGAAUGGCUGGAAAUUUCAAUCUCAAUCCCCGGAAUGCAAGAUAUUUACCCCACAGCUCUGACAGUGUCAGCUGACAGUGUCUGGAUGAUAGACUGCAAAGGAAGGGUGUUUUUCCACAAAGGAGCAGAUCUAUACGUGCACAACACUCUGUUGCUGACAGAUAGACACGACACCCGCUCCACAUCUAAGUGGGUCCACAUGGUUAUGGAGCCAGAUAAUAUCAUCAACUUUAAAUCUCUGUCUUGUGGCCCCGAAAAUCAGGUCUGGGGUCUCGACAAUGAGGAUAAAAUAUUUAAUAGAACGGACGUCUCAAUUACUCAGAUAUCUGGCCAAAAUUGGCAGCUCAUUGAAGAUCCGAAGCUUAAGAAUGGAGAUGUGGGGGUAGACUCAGAUCCAGAUUCAGACCAAGAGUUGAACUCCACUCUUCCGCCCUGCAUGCCAUUCAGUAGUCCUCUCAGAAGAGACAGUUCCUUCCUUACAGCAAAGUCUAUGUCCUCCCAGUAUACCUUGCCCGUUGAUCCCAAUUAUUUACCUAAGUACGCAAUGGACGAGCCAGACAGGUACAGUUAUGAUGAAGGGUCAGUUGACAGUAAGAACCUGUGUGAGCCUGACGACUUGUUUCAUGACUCCGAUAGUGAUGUUUUAGAGGAGCCAUCUGAACACUCUUUGACCAGUAGCUUAGGUGUCCACUAUUGGAAGAUGAUAUCCUGUGGUGGUUGUCAGGGUGUCGGUGUGAAACGGGACGAUGUGAACCUCAAACAAGCUGAGCUUUCAAAAGUACAGAUUGCAGUCAUCAAGCAGUCACGUGAUUCCAUCCUUGACAAACUCAGAGAACAGAGCAUGAAGAUCAGGAGUAAACUGUUUGACAAUUACAAUGAAUUAGUGGACGAUGGGGGCUUCAAACUAAAAUCUAACGCAAAGAUAGAAAUGGACGGCGCUUCUAAAAACGCCACUGUUUAUUUGUCAAAAAACAUCCCCCAUGGUCACCUAAGGUUCAGGAUAUAUACCCCUGGUGCUGCUUCAUUAGACAUGGGCGAGGACGAUCAGCGGAGGUUGGGAAGAAGAGGAAGGAUGCUCCAAUAUGAACCGACUGUAAUGAUAAACCAGACAUCCACAAUAGAACAGGUCGAACAAGUGCCUCUAGUAAACUUGUUCGGAAUUAAGAGAAUAUCUCCAAAUGUGAAGCAACAUACUCUUCUCCUUUUUACAGCCAAGCGAUCUUACCAGUUGACAUUUGAAAGAGACACUGACUGCAACAACUGGUUUGACCGAGUUAACGAGUAUGUCCGUUCGGUACAUGAAAUUCCUGAUGUCCCCCCUAAUCAAUCUGUCUGGGCUUUGUCAGGAGAUGGAACUGUGUACUUUUCGCCUCCUGCUCCUUCUUGUGUUACCAAUCACUCUAAGCGAGCCUGGCUUCCUAUUGAAGGUAACUUUGUACAAAUAGCAGCCGGACCAAGGAGCAUAGUCUGGGGAGUUGCCCCCGAUAAUAACCUUUACUGCUUCACUCGUGGGUAUGGUGGUGGAAGUCAUCAUAUGGGCGAAAAUUUGGAGAACUUUUCAGUUCAGAGACACUUUCAAUGCACAGAGAAUGAGAGAUUUAAACUGGUCGGCUUCCAGUUCCAGCCUUGCAGCGGCCGAGAUAAUAGAUCGAACUGGGUUGAUGACUUGGGAAACACUAUUGAAAGCCAAAACCAAUACAGACUACCUCUCUCAUCUUGGCGGUGGAUCGGGGACUGGAGCGUCAAAAAUUUAAUUGAUAGCGACCCUGAUGGUUGGUAUUAUGCGAAAAACUUCCACAGUCCGUUCUCAGCUAAUCCAGGUCGAGGUGCUAGGAAGAGACAUUGCGUGAGAUUAGCGCAGAUGAACUGCACUGCCCCGUGGAAGAAGAUUCCUGUCAACUUGGUUAAAAUAGCCCGAAUUACUUUGGAGCCGUAUUGUUUUAAAAGUGGGGACGAGCUUGUCGUCGCCUGGGCGCUAUGUACGAACGGCAGUUUACUGUACAGACACGGUGUUACUCCUAACAAACCUCAGGGUGAAGAUUGGGUACAUGUAGAUAUAGAUCACCCUUUAGUGGACGUAUCACUGGACGCCUUUUGUAACCUGUGGGCGGUGUGUAGUGAUGGUAGCGCCUACUUCCGUAUGGGGAUAUCGGAACAGGUUCCCAUCGGUAACCGCUGGAUGCACAUUGUCAAACCAGAGCGGGAUCAUCUGGUAAAGAUAGCCGCGGGGAAGUAUGCUGUUUGGGCCCUUGGUUCUACAGGAAACUGUUACAUUCGAACGAAGAUAAGUUCUAUCCGCGAGUACGGGCAAUCCUGGAGCUUGGUGAAUAGUGAGCCUAUGUGUAGUAUAUCAGUGAGUGGGAGUGACCAAGUAUUCGGUAUCACAGAGGUGAACAGAGCUGUCGUUUCAAGGGAUGGUGUUUCAGUUAUAGGUGACAAGUUAAAGGGAGAUAAGUGGAGCAGGGUGGUCCAGGAUGUUUGGUCCAAUAUCUGUAUUACUGCCACCACUCAGCAACAUCAUUGGGAUCAGAUUGAUGAGUUGACGUCUAUGGCAAUGACAAGAUACCGGACCCAGAUCUGGGUGAAGCUCAGAGAGAACCGACUGAAGGAUACUAGAUGGAUGGACUACCACAGAUUUUGUCCUCAAAUCUUUCCUGGCGAUCGUGUUUUCAUCCGAGGCAGCGAUGGGACUUGGUCUAGAAACAUAAUUGAUCACAUUGGCACAGACAGAGCGCUCAAAGUACGUGUUCCCGGACUCUUCACGACCACGUACGAGUCAAAAGCAAAGAACGAUGUUAUCCGGGACGAGCCUCCCCACCCAACCCAUGUAGCCGUGGGCACAGAAAUCCUGGCUAAACUCUCCUACCUGAGCAAUAAAUAUUCACCUUGUGUCGUCAAGUCUAUAGAUCACAGACGAGGUAAGCUGAUGAUAGAAGCUGGAUCUCAGUACGAUAUUCACGAAGUAAGGAUCCCUGAUGCCCAGCUCAAUUCGGAUAUCUAUUUUCUUGAUGGAAAACGUAAACAUUCUGUAACUAAUGACGAAUUUGGCAGAGAAAUUGUAAUUUAGUUGUUUUGUUUUAUUCGGAGAUUAUCAGUUUGCAAUAAGUGUUCACAUGUUCAUUGUUCAUUGAUCCGUGCUCAUGUACAGUACACUUUACAAUUUUAGAUUUAGAGAUAC